AACCUGGUAUUUUAAAACCGUUUAAAUGUUUAACGGGCAGAACAAAAAAUCAAGUGCAACAAAGGAUUAACAUUGUGUAAUGGAGUCAUAUAAUUUUGACAAGUUCAUUACUCAAGCUCGUCAGCUCGAUACAGGCAUCGAAAGUUUAGAAAACGUGUGGAGCAAUCCUGAAAUUUGUAUCGGAAAAUUUACAGAGCGUAGCGUAGAAACAGAUGUUCAUAUUGAAGCAUUAAGGAACAGUAUGCGAACUGUAAAAGAAGGAAUAAAGGCAACAAGUUUGGAAGUAGAUAAACAUAUAGAAAAUUCAUGUACAGAACAUGUUCUUGAAGAAACUAGGACGAAGUACGAGUCAUUGAAAGAACAAUGCGACAAUAUAGAACUCAUUUUCGAAAAAUAUGGUUACCAAUAUGAUAAGGACCGGACAGACCAGAAAAGUGCAAAUAGCAUUGAACUGUCUGAGCAAGAGACUUCUCAAGAAGCAACGGAAACUGUAGAAGUUGAAUUCACACCAAAUCUUAGUUGGAAAUAUAAAACAACAUGCAAGGAUCAGUCAACUUUAGCAUCGAACAUAAGUGACACAUCGCAUCUAAGUACAACACCAGUUUUAGAAAAUAAUUCUCCAUCGCGUAUAGAUUAUUUAUCUUCACCGAUAUCAUUUUUAUCUACACCAAUAUCAUUUUUAUCCACACCGAUUAGAGAACGUCCAGAAGAACCAAUUUAUUCCAAACAUUUCUAUAAUUCCUUGAAAAAGUGAAUAUUAGAUCAUAUAUUAUAAGAACUAUAUUUUUUAAAUUAUGAAUUUUACAUUCUUCUACAAAGUUAUACAAAAAAAUAAUAACUACAAUUAUGUAAUUUAUAUUACAAAAUACUCACAUUAUAUUAAAUAUAUGGUAAAGAUCAACUAAUAAAGAUUAGUGUUAGUGUGCUUUCGUUUGUUAGUAUCAUCUAACUUGUAUAUUGCUAGCACCAAGGUGUUUUCCUACUAUCAUCUCAUGCUGCAUUCAAUAUUAGGUUUCUAGCCGUAACACGUAGUGGCACUAAUGUGGGAAACUGUUAUUAUAAAGAUAUAAUUUUUAUAACGAUGAAA